CGCGCGCAAUGUUCUGAUGCAGCCGCAGAAUAAUAGACUUGCUCUUCCGUUUGUUGCGCAGGUGCUUUCAAUUUCUGUGUCACUUGAGACCAGGGGGUCGUUAUGAAUAGAAACCCCCUGGUGACAAUACUUAUUUUACUAGUUCAGUUGCUCAGUCGAGUUAGUAAUUAAUGUAUCUCUUACAUUACUUAUGUAUAUCAGCCUUUCGGCAUAUCAGACCAGCAUGGGGUAGCAAGGGAUGGGGAAGAGGUGUCCGUAACGUUUCAGGACUUUGCAUAGUUAACUAUUGAAGACUUCCGUAUUUCUUUAUUACAGCUAUUCCUAUCCUACUACUGGGCAAGUUUACUUCCUUCUAUAAACGGAUAGAGGAACUGACCAUUCUGUGGCAGGGCAAAGUUCGUUAAUAAACCAUUUUUUUUUCAUUUUAAAUUAAAACAUGAAGGUCUUUGCUUGGGAACUAUUUGUAUAAGUUGUAUAUAUAGAUAUUUUUUUCAAAUUUAAGCACUAGAGAUGGCAGGGUAUGGCCAAAUGGGGGAGCUGACGGAGUACAAGAAGAGCCUCAUCAAGAGGGACCUGGAGAUGGGGAUUGUGAUGACGAUUUUCCGCCAGAAGGUGGAGCGUCUGACAGUGCAGGUCAUCAUGGAGACCAGGCAGGUGGCCUGGAUUCGGACUGCAGACAAAACCGACGGUGUCUUGGACCUGCAUGAGAUCCGGGAAGUCCGGCCAGGCAAGAAGUGCAAAGAUUUCGAACGUUUUAAAGAAAAAGAGCCUCCUGAGGAGACCUGCUUCACUAUCUUUUAUGGAAGCCAGUUCGUCCUCAACACGCUCAGCCUCAGCGCUCCGACACAGGAAGAUGCAGAGAAAUGGCUGACAGGACUGGAACUGCUUCGGCAAGAAACUUUAGCUGCCCCAACACCUGAUAUCAUUGAAAGCUGGCUGAGGAAGCAGAUGUACUCAAUUGAUCAGACCAAGAAGAACAGCAUCUCCAUAAAGGAGCUGAAGUGUUUGCUGUGUCAGAUGAGUUUCAAGAUCCCUCAUGCACGCUACCUGAAGGACAAGUUCGCGGAGAUUGGAGCCAGGAAAGAUGUGCUGGACUUCGAGCAGUUUCACAAGUUCUAUAACAUCAUCAUGUUUGAAAACCAGAAGAGUGUCCUCGACAAGCUGAAGGAGUCCUGCACUUUUGUCAUGGGUAACACAGAUCGACCAGACUCUUCCAUCGUCUCCCUGUGUGACUUUCAGAGAUUCCUUGUACACCAGCAAGAAGAGUUUUGGGCCCAAGAUUUGAACCAGGUGAGGGAGCUGAUGACCAUCUUUAUCGACGACACGAUGAGGAAAACUAAUGAGCCAGAGUUCACAGUCAGCGAGUUCCUCAGCUUUUUGUUCUCUAAGGAGAAUUCCAUCUGGGACAAGAAGUUCUCAGAAGUGAACAACCUGGACAUGAACAAUCCGCUGUCGCACUACUGGGUCAACUCCUCACAUAACACGUAUCUGACGGGCGACCAGCUCCGGAGUGAGUCAUCCCCAGAGGCGUAUGUACGCUGUCUGCGCAUGGGCUGCCGCUGUGUCGAAUUGGACUGUUGGGACGGAUCAAACAACGAACCCAUCAUCUACCACGGCAAGACCAUGACGACCAAGAUCAAGUUUGAGGAUGUGGUGAAGGCCAUCAAUGACCACGCCUUCGUAGCGUCUGAGUAUCCUGUGGUGCUGUCCAUCGAGGAACACUGUUGCACAGAGCAACAGGACAAAAUGGCCGACAUCUUCACCAAGGUGUUCAAAGACAAGCUACUUACCAUUCCCGUGGAGCCCAUGGCCGACCAGUUGCCCUCCCCCGCUCAGCUCAAAGGCAAGAUCAUACUGAAGCACAAGAAGCUGAGCUCGACAGACGAGCCGGUGCGACUGGACGAUCGAGGCAGCCAGCAGAAGGGCGACAAGCAGGGGAACCUCUACAUCUGGGAUCCGGUGGAUGAGCAUUGGAACCAGCACUACUGCAUGAUCUAUGGAGACAAGCUAUAUUACGCUGAGGAGUAUGACCAAGAAUCUGAGAAGGCCACGAACCCCAAUGAGCUGCACUACCAGGAGCCUUGGUUCCACGGGAGGAUGUCGGAAGGCAGGCAGACGGCGGAGCACCUCCUGCAGGAGUACUGUGCCGAGUCGGGGGGGCACGACGGCACCUUCCUGGUGCGCGAGAGUAAAACCUACCUGACGGACUACACCCUGUCCUUCUGGCGUAAAGGUCGAGUGCAGCACUGCCGGAUCCGCUCCAGCACAGAGGCUGGACAGCCGUUCUUCUUCCUGACAGAGAACCUGCACUUCGCCAGCGUCUACGAGCUCAUCAUGCACUAUCGGGAUAACCCGCUGCGCUGCCUGGAGUUCGACCUGCGGCUCACGGACGCUGUGCCGCGUCCAAACCCACACCUCGCCGAGGGCUGGUUCUACAGUAAUCUGAGCAGGGGGGAGGCAGAGGACAUGCUGAUGAGGAUCCCCCGCGAUGGAGCCUUCCUCAUCCGCCAGAGGGAGGACAACGAUUCUGUCGCCAUCACCUUCAGGGGCGAUGGGGCAGUUAAGCACUGUCGUAUCGCAAAGGAGGGAAGCAAGUUCGUUUUGGGCAGUUCAACCGAAUUCGAGAGUCUGGUGGAUCUGGUCAGCUACUACCGCAAGAACCCACUCUACCGCAAGAUCAAACUCCACUACCCAGUCACAGAGGAGCUGGUGAAGAGAUUCAGCCAGGAACAAGACUGUGCAUCCAUUUACGAGAGGAAAAUGUACGUGGAACCACAUGAGAUAGAGCCACCAUCGAGCACUGUAAGGGCCCUGUACGACUACAGAGCCAUGAGGCCCGAUGAGCUCACCUUCACCAAGGGCGCCCUGAUCCACAACGUCACCAAGGACAACAGCGCCUGGUGGCAGGGGGACUAUGGAGGAAAGACUCAACAUUACUUCCCCUCCAACUAUGUUGAGGAGAUGUCCAACAACAAAAUGCCAGAGCAGACUGACCAGGCAACAGAGGACAAUCCCCUGGGGCAGUUAUGUAAGGGCGUGGUCGACCUGACCAAGUGCAAUGUGAAGUCCGCCCAAGACAAGAAUGGCCGGCCCCACGUGUUCACGCUCACCUGCAAGGAUGAUGAGAAUGUCACCUCCUUCGACAUCAGUGCCGACACUGUGGAGGACCUGUUUGAGUGGUACACGGCAGCGUGGGACGUCACGCAGCGCACCACCAACGAAAUUCUCAAGAUGGCACUGGAUAAAGAGAAUAAGAAGCGCAGCAGUCAGAACACAGUCUCGAAAAAGAUGUCGGACCUGGUGGUGUACUGCCAGCCCAGGAGCAAAGAUAAAGAGAGUUUCCAAAAAUACGACUACAAGGAGAUCCGCUCCUUCGUAGAGAACAAGAUCCCGCAGGGUGAUGGCAAAGUAAACGACUUCCUGAAGUACAACCGCAAGGCCCUGAGCCGCAUCUAUCCCAAGGGGCAGCGUGUCGACUCCUCCAACUAUGACCCCUUACCACUGUGGAUCUGCGGCUCCCACAUGGUGGCGCUCAACUUCCAGACUGCGGGGAAGGUGUAACAUCACUGCCUGAACUGCCCGCAGGGAAGGUGUAACAUCACUGCCUGAACUGCCCGCAGGGAAGGUGUAACAUCACUGCCUGAACUGCCCGCAGGGAAGGUGUAACAUCACUGCCUGAACUGCCCGCAGGGAAGGUGUAACAUCACUGCCUGAACUGCCCGCAGGGAAGGUGUAACAUCACUGCCUGAACUGCCCGCAGUGAAGGUGUAACAUCACUGCCUGAACUGCCCGCAGGGAAGGUGUAACAUCACUGCCUGAACUGCCCGCAGGGAAGGUGUAACAUCACUGCCUGAACUGCCCGCAGUGGCGGCCCACUUGGUUCAAAGGCACCGGUCCGGAAGCUUGGUUAUUCAAGCUAAGGGCAGCUGUAACUGGACUGCUGGUAGCAAGCUUUGAUUUGGGACCCAAGAAUUGUUGCAUAUUGCUUAUGGUUGUGUAUGACUAAUGUAAGUGAAUAGUAACACGUAUAGCAUCUAAGUGUAUAACUUCAUUUAUACUGAGCGCUGACCAAGCUGCCAACUCACGCUUUGAGGUUCUCACGCAAGAAAUCUUAUGGCAAAUAUGUUAUUCCACUAUAACCCUGAAAUUAGCCACGUCAAAAGCUGAGCCUCGUCUCGAAUUGAAAAUCCCACUCCAGCCUGCUGACCAAAGUUGCCAGUCCUGUGCUGAUAUCACCGUUAGCAAACUGUCAUGUUAAAUACAGAAGGGGAUACGCAUCCGCAGGGGAUACCGGGGAGGUCCGAUACGCGAAGAGUAACGAACAGUAUAAAUUACUUGUUUUCUGUGCACUUGCAUACCUAUGAUGCGGUUUAAUUUCUAAACUACACUGAGACCACAGUUUCCGAAUGAGUGGCCCAUAGAAAUUAUGUCUUCACAAAGAUAUGAGUACAGGUCUGUGUGUGUCUGUGUGCAUUUGCAUGUGUGUGUGUGUGUGUGUGUGUGUGUGUGUGUGUGUGUGUGUGUGUGUGUGUGUGUGUGUGCGUGUGCGCGCCCAACCUGCAGCUGACUGGCAUCCUGUCCAGAGUGUUCCCUUGCUUUUUGCCCUAUGCUGCCUUCAUUAGGCCUGGCAAUUGAUAAACGAUUGAUCAAUCAUUUUAAAUGUCUUU